AUGGCGGCGGUAGUGGCGGCGCCCGAAGACCAGCCGCGCGAGCCACCCGGGACUGGGGCUGCCUCCGGUCCUGCAGCGGGCUUCCCUCCCUCCUCGCAGGCGCCAGCUGGCACCUCCGGAUCCAACCCGCUCUCGCGCAAGCUCCGCAAAGUGCUGGAGACGCGGUUGGAGGCUGACAAGGAAAUGUUAGAAGCGCUCAAGGCUCUUUCAGUCUUUUUUGUAGAAAACAGUUUGCGUACAAGAAGAAAUUUGCGUGGGGAUAUUGAACACCGCAGCUUAGCCAUAAAUGAAGAAUUUGUCUGCAUUUUCAAGCAAGUGAAGGAGGAGCUUGAAAGCAUUAAUGAAGAUGUGCAGAUUAUGAGUAACUGCUGCCAGGAAAUGACCAGUCACCUGAAGGCAGCCAAAGAGCAAACCCAGGACUUAAUAGUCAAGACAACUAAGCUUCAAGCAGAGGGCCAGAGAUUGGAAUUAAAAGCACAAGUAGCAGAUGCUUUCAUAGCAGAAUUCCAGCUUUCUCCAGAAGAGAUGGGCAUCCUUCGAGGUGCAAGGGAUGGGCCUAUUACAGAGGGUUUUUUCAAAGUGCUGGGGAGAGUAAAACAAAUUCACAGUGAUGUCAAGAUUCUUCUGCGUACAAACCAGCAGAGAUCAGGCCUAGAAAUUAUGGAGCAGAUGGCUUUGGUGCAAGAGACGUCUUAUGAGCAGCUUUACCGAUGGGCUCAAGGUGAAUGCAGGGCUUUAACACAAGAAUCAUGUGACAUUUCUCCAGUUUUGGCCCAAGCGAUGGAAGCUUUGCAAGACCGACCUGUUCUCUACAAAUAUACCCUUGAUGAGUUCGGAACAGCCAGAAGAAGCGCCGUGGUCCGGGGCUUUAUCGAUGCUCUUACUAGAGGCGGUCCAGGAGGUACUCCACGGCCUAUCGAAAUGCAUUCCCAUGAUCCUCUAAGGUAUGUAGGAGACAUGCUGGCCUGGCUACAUCAAGCGACCGCUUCUGAAAAGGAGCACUUGGAAGCCAUGUUAAAACUCGUGACUGCCGAAGGUGUGGAAGAAACUAUGCAAGAAGUAGUUGGACACAUCACAGAAGGUGUUUGCCGGCCUCUUAAGGUUAGAAUUGAACAAUUGAUUGUGGCCGAACCGGGAGCAGUCCUGCUAUAUAAAAUCUCUAACCUUCUCAAAUUCUACCACCACACCAUCAGUAAUAUUGUGGGAAACAGCGCCGCCAUGCUGUUAACAACGAUCGAGGAGAUGCACCUGUUGAGUAAAAAAAUAUUCCUGAACAGUCUGAGCCUGCAUGCAAGUAAAUUGAUGGAUAAGAUUGAGCUUCCCCCUGCCGAUCUCGGCCCAAGCUCAGCGCUGAAUCAAACACUCGUUCUGCUGCGUGAGAUUCUGGCAUCCCACAGCUCCUGUGUCGUCCCUGUGGAUACUCGACAAGCUGACUUUGUGCAGGUUCUGUCCUGUGUGCUAGACCCUCUGCUGCAGACGUGCACAAUGUCUGCUAGUAACUUGGGGUCUGCGGACAUGGCGACCUUCAUGGUGAAUUCCCUCCAUAUGAUGAAGACGACCCUGGCCCUCUUUGAAUUCACCGACAAACGGCUGGAGAUGUUACAGUAUCAGAUCGAGGCACAUUUGGACACACUGAUCAAUGAAGAAGCUGCCUUUGUUCUAGCAAGAACAGGCCUGAGUUACAUCUACAGUAUCGUACAGCAGCACAAACCGGAGCAGGGUCCCUUGGCGAAUGUACCCAGUAUGGACUCCACAUCAUUAAAAGCUGCAAUGGUUCAGUUUGAUCGUUAUUUGUCUGCUCCUGACAGCCUGUUAAUGCCACAAAUAAACUUUCUUCUAAGCACUUCCAUUAAACAACAGAUCAUAAAGCAGUCCACAGAACUAGUCUGCAGAGCCUACAGUGAAGUAUAUUCAGCCGUGAUGCAUCCAGACAAUGAAUAUAAAGAUCCUGAAACCAUAUUACCGAGAUCUCCCCAUCAAGUUCAAGCACUACUCUCCUAAGCUUAUCGGCCACAAAACUUUUACUUUGAAUGUUUUAAGGUCAGAAUGUGUUUGUGCCAUCGUAACACAGGUAACAAUUGGGUUGGUUUUUCUUCUCAUUAGCGGCCCCGCUCAGAGCUGCACGCUUGGGUUGCUGCUGUGCACUUCUUUUAUUUGCUGAAACCCUGGUGAUUGCUGCAAGAUUUAAGCCGCCUCGUUGAUUGCAGGAUUGUGGCCCUGUUGGCAGGUGCUUGAUAGAGGAAGGACCAUGAAAGCAUGCAUUCAAUUUAAAAUUACUCUUGCAUUAUAAUGAAACUGGGGGAAGCGUUGUCAGAAAAUCCAGGUUUAUUUGGGUGAGAAAUAUAACCCAUGAUCAUUUUUUUUGAUUGCAACGAGAAAUGUAGUCCAAUAGCAAUAUUUUCUACUUUUGUUGCUGAUGUUCCAGUCUUCGCACAGCCUUCCUGUGUUGUCCCUGACACUGUUAACAAGAAGAUGCAAACUUGUAAGCCAAGCAGGGUUUGAAUUUUGCUUAUGUCCUGUCUCUCUCUCUCUCCC